AGAGCUUCCAGUUCCACCAUCUUUGUCCCUGGCAAAGUGGGUUUUGCGCAGUGGCUUAGACCUGGAGAAGGAGUCGUGACGUGCAGGAAACCAUUACACCACCACUCGGGCCGUGCUCUCUGGCUGUUGCCGCCACCCCCGCCCUUGCCUCCGGUGCACAUUAAAGAUCUGAAACCAUGACUGACUCCAAGUACUUUACAACCAAUAAAAAAGGAGAAAUCUUUGAAUUAAAGGCUGAGCUCAACAAUGAGAAGAAAGAAAAGAGGAAGGAGGCUGUGAAGAAAGUGAUUGCUGCUAUGACUGUGGGGAAGGAUGUUAGCUCUCUCUUUCCAGAUGUAGUGAACUGUAUGCAAACUGACAACCUGGAACUAAAGAAGCUCGUGUAUCUCUACUUGAUGAACUAUGCCAAGAGUCAGCCAGACAUGGCCAUCAUGGCCGUCAACAGCUUUGUGAAGGACUGUGAAGAUCCCAAUCCUCUGAUUCGGGCCUUGGCAGUCAGAACCAUGGGGUGCAUCCGGGUGGACAAGAUAACAGAGUAUCUCUGUGAGCCCCUCCGCAAGUGCUUAAAGGAUGAAGAUCCCUAUGUCCGGAAGACAGCGGCCGUCUGCGUGGCAAAGCUCCAUGACAUCAAUGCCCAAAUGGUGGAAGAUCAGGGCUUUCUGGAUUCUCUGCGGGAUCUCAUAGCAGAUUCAAAUCCAAUGGUGGUGGCUAAUGCUGUAGCAGCAUUAUCUGAAAUCAGUGAAUCUCACCCAAACAGCAACUUACUCGAUCUGAAUCCACAGAACAUUAAUAAGCUGCUGACAGCCCUGAAUGAAUGUACCGAAUGGGGCCAGAUUUUCAUCCUGGACUGCUUGUCUAAUUACAACCCUAAAGAUGACCGGGAGGCUCAGAGCAUCUGUGAGCGGGUAACUCCUCGACUAUCUCAUGCCAACUCAGCAGUGGUGCUUUCAGCAGUAAAAGUCCUCAUGAAGUUUCUAGAGUUGUUACCCAAGGACUCUGACUACUACAAUAUGCUGCUGAAGAAGUUGGCCCCUCCACUUGUCACUUUGCUGUCUGGGGAGCCAGAGGUGCAGUACGUUGCCCUGAGGAACAUCAAUCUAAUCGUUCAGAAAAGGCCUGAAAUCUUGAAGCAGGAAAUCAAAGUUUUCUUUGUGAAGUACAAUGAUCCCAUCUAUGUGAAACUGGAGAAAUUGGACAUCAUGAUUCGUUUAGCAUCCCAGGCCAACAUUGCUCAGGUUCUGGCAGAACUGAAGGAAUAUGCCACAGAGGUGGAUGUCGACUUUGUGCGCAAAGCUGUGCGGGCCAUUGGACGGUGUGCCAUCAAAGUGGAGCAAUCUGCAGAGCGCUGUGUAAGCACAUUGCUUGAUCUCAUCCAGACCAAAGUAAAUUAUGUGGUCCAAGAGGCGAUUGUUGUCAUCAGGGACAUCUUCCGCAAGUACCCCAACAAAUAUGAAAGUAUCAUUGCCACUCUGUGUGAGAACUUAGACUCACUGGAUGAGCCAGAUGCUCGUGCAGCUAUGAUUUGGAUUGUGGGAGAAUAUGCUGAAAGAAUUGACAAUGCAGAUGAGUUACUAGAGAGCUUCCUGGAAGGUUUUCAUGAUGAAAGCACCCAGGUGCAGCUCACUCUGCUUACUGCCAUUGUGAAACUGUUUCUCAAGAAACCGUCAGAAACACAGGAGCUGGUACAGCAGGUCUUGAGUUUGGCAACACAGGAUUCUGAUAAUCCUGACCUUCGAGACCGGGGCUAUAUUUAUUGGCGCCUCCUCUCAACCGACCCUGUCACAGCCAAAGAAGUAGUCUUGUCUGAGAAGCCACUGAUCUCUGAGGAGACAGAUCUUAUUGAGCCAACUCUGCUGGAUGAGCUCAUCUGCCACAUUGGUUCUUUGGCCUCAGUGUACCAUAAGCCUCCCAACGCUUUUGUGGAAGGAAGUCAUGGGAUCCACCGCAAACACUUGCCAAUACAUCAUGGGAGCACUGAUGCAGGUGACAGCCCUGUUGGCACCACCACUGCCACCAACCUGGAACAGCCUCAGGUUAUCCCCUCUCAAGGUGACCUUCUGGGGGAUCUUUUAAACCUUGACCUUGGGCCCCCAGUCAAUGUGCCACAGGUAUCCUCCAUGCAGAUGGGAGCAGUUGAUCUCUUGGGAGGAGGACUAGAUAGUCUGCUUGGCAGUGACCUUGGCGGGGGCAUUGGAGGAAGUCCGGCAGUGGGACAGUCCUUCAUCCCAUCAUCAGUGCCUGCAACCUUUGCUCCUUCACCUACUCCUGCUGUGGUCAGCAGUGGUCUGAAUGACCUGUUUGAACUCUCCACAGGAAUAGGCAUGGCACCUGGUGGAUAUGUGGCUCCUAAGGCUGUCUGGCUGCCUGCAGUAAAGGCUAAAGGCUUGGAGAUUUCAGGAACAUUUACUCACCGCCAAGGGCACAUCUAUAUGGAAAUGAAUUUCACCAACAAAGCUCUGCAGCACAUGACAGACUUUGCGAUCCAGUUUAACAAGAAUAGCUUUGGUGUCAUCCCCAGCACUCCUCUGGCCAUCCAUACACCACUGAUGCCAAACCAGAGCAUUGACGUCUCCCUGCCUCUCAACACCUUGGGCCCAGUCAUGAAGAUGGAGCCUCUGAACAACCUGCAGGUGGCUGUGAAAAACAAUAUUGAUGUCUUCUACUUCAGCUGCCUCAUCCCACUCAAUGUGCUUUUUGUAGAAGAUGGCAAAAUGGAGCGCCAGGUCUUCCUUGCAACAUGGAAGGAUAUUCCCAACGAAAACGAACUUCAGUUUCAGAUUAAGGAGUGUCAUUUAAAUGCUGACACUGUUUCCAGCAAGUUGCAAAACAACAAUGUUUAUACUAUUGCCAAGAGGAACGUGGAAGGGCAGGACAUGCUGUACCAAUCCCUGAAGCUCACUAAUGGCAUUUGGAUUUUGGCCGAGCUACGUAUCCAGCCAGGAAAUCCCAAUUACACGCUGUCGCUGAAGUGCAGAGCUCCUGAAGUCUCCCAGUACAUCUAUCAGGUCUACGACAGCAUUUUGAAAAACUAAUAAACUGGUCUGUUUGCCCUGUGAUCGGUGCAAACCAAGAACUCUUAACUGGAGGAAACUGUAUUGCCGUGUAGACUCUGAACCCAGACACACUGAGGCCACCCGCCAAGGUAGUGACUAGUCUAACCUGUGCUAACAUUAGGGCCAACCUGUUGGAUAGUUUUAGCUUCCUGUGAACAUUUGUAACCACUGCUUCAGUCACUUCCCACCUCUUGCCACCUGCUGCUCUCUGUCCUUACUUGUGGGCUUCUCCAUCCUGUGCCAGUGGCUGGCAUUUUCGAGUGUAGUUUGAUAUUUUGUAAUUGAGAGCUUGUUUCAAAAGCAGAAAAAGACCAAAAAACAAAAUUAAAGCAAGGAAAAGUGUCACUGAAACA